AUGGAUUGGCUCCCUCACCGAACGGCUGCUUUUCUGUUCCUUUUGUUGGUACUCUUGGAUUUCAGCACAGGAUUUCAUGUAGAGGUAAAAGAAUGGGAUGAAAAUGGAAUGGCAAGAUGGAAAACCUUUAGAAGACAAAAACGUGAAUGGAUCAAAUUUGCUGCAGCUUGUAGAGAAGGAGAAGACAACUCCAAGAGGAAUCCAAUUGCCAGAAUCCGGUCUGAUUGUGAAGAAGACAAUCCAAUCACAUACAGCAUCUCUGGAGUUGGAAUCGAUCGUGCACCCUAUGGAAUAUUUGUUGUUAACCCAAGAACAGGAGAAAUUAAUAUAACAUCAAUAGUGGAUAGGGAAAUAACACCAGUAUUUGUUAUACGUUGCUUUGCUAAACACUCAGUGACCGGUAUAGAUUUGGAACCACCUCUUGAACUUCGAGUCAGAGUCCUGGAUAUAAAUGAUAAUCCUCCUGUAUUUGCACAAACUGUAUUUACAGGAUCUGUUGAAGAGAGCAGCAUGGACAACACACUGGUGAUGAAAAUCAUUGCAACUGAUGCAGAUGAACCUAACCAUUUGAAUUCUAAAAUUGCCUUCAAAAUAGAGAGUCAGGAACCUUCUGGUCCACCCAUGUUCAUUAUGAAUAAAUACACAGGAGAACUCCAUCUUGCAAAUUAUCUUGACAGAGAGCAACAUAGUAGCUACACUCUGGUUGUGAAGGCAUCAGACCGGGACGGCGCUGCAGAUGGAAUAUCAUCCCUUUGUAGCUGUAAUGUGAAAGUCAUUGAUGUUAAUGACAACUUUCCAACUCUUGCUCAAAGCUCCUUUUCAGCAAGUAUUUCAGAAAAUUCACUCAGUUCAGAACUGUUACGAAUACAAGCUCUGGAUGCUGAUGAAGAGUUUACAGACAAUUGGUUAGCAGAGUUUUUCUUUAUAUCCGGUAAUGAAGAUAACUGUUUUGAAAUUGUUACAGAUCGAGCUACAAAUCAAGGAAUCCUUAGAGUAAUUAAGGAGCUGGAUUUUGAACAUAUCCGAACUCACGCACUGAUGAUCGGUGUCAGGAAUGUAGCUGCAUUCCACCACUCUGUUGCGCAUGAGUACCAGAUAUUUGGGACACCCCUGACAGUAGAAGUAAAAAAUUUGAUUGAACCACCAAGAUUUCAUCCAUCUUCAGUUGUGUUUUCCCUGCCACAAAAUGCAAGAGUGAAUUAUGUUGUAGGAACAUACACAGCCAUGGAUGAGGACACUAGAACCAUUGCAUCAAAUGUUGUAUAUAGCAUAGGACGUGAUCCAGCUGCCUGGUUCAGAAUCAAUCAAAACACUGGUGAAAUCAUACUGAACAAAGUUAUUAGCCGGGAUUCUGUCUAUCUGGUCAAUGGGCAGUACCAAGCAGAGGUUCUGGCUAUCACCAGAGGGGUUCCUCGAUACACUGCUACUGGCACCGUUGUGCUUUCACUAGAUGGCAUCAAUGCCAAUUGCCCAACUAUUAAUACUGAAGUGAGGAAAGUAUGUAUGCAUUCCCCAUCAGUGGUUAUCUCAGCAAAGCCCAGGGAUGGUGUUGUCUAUGCUACCCCCUUCACAUUCAGCAUACAUGGUGAACCUCAGACUACAUGGAUUAUCAGACGAAUAAAUGAUUCCUCUGCGGAACUAGUGGGCCAGAACAUAGACUUUUACCUUUAUAGGAUCUACGUCGUCGUAAGGGACAGCCAAGGCCGGCGCUGUGCUCGACCACACAUAAUUCCUGUGCAAGCUUGCCAGUGUGACAGUCGGAACUACUGCACCAGUGGGGCCACAAGAAUAAUUAUCAUCGGUGGUGGUGGUGGUGGCGCUGGUGGUGGUGGUGGCACUACUGGUGGUGGUGGCGGCGGCACUGGCGGUGGUGGCGGCGGCACUGGUGGAGGCGGCCGGGAAGACGGAGGGCAGCAGGGUGGUGGUGAUUAUGGAGGAGAUUAUGAGGACCACACACAGUCGCAGGGUUAUACUGAUGGCUACGAAGGAGGUGAUGAAGGAUAUACUGCCUACACUGACAGCGGUUAUGGAAAUGAAAAUUAUGGCAGACAAUUGGAUUCAAAUACCACACUUAGUGGCGCUGCCAUUGGCUUGAUGUUCCUCGGCGGACUAAUAUUUGUUUUGAUUCCAAUUUUGAUGUCAAUGAGCGACUGUUGUGGCUGUGGACCUGGCGCUGCAGGUGGAGUUGGAACUGGAUUUGAACCUGUACCUGAAUGUACAGAAGGGGCAAUUCAUCCAUGGGGAAUAGAAGGUGCACAGCCUGAAGACAGGGAUGUCUCACACAUUCUUGCCCCAACAACUGCUGCAGGAGGUGAUUUUGGUGAACCUUCUGACAUAUAUAAUAACACAUAUGGAGGAGGAGGAGUAGUAGCUUCUGGUGUUGAAGAAACUACAGGUGUUGGCUAUGGCACUGGUACUGGCUACGGAACAGCUGGAGGAAUUUCUGGAACAGGGGAAGCAAAAGGGUCAAUUGGAGGAACAAUAAAAGAGUAUCGAGAAGGAGGAGUGAACAUGGCCUUCCUAGACAACUAUUUCUCUGAGAAAGCAUUUGUGUAUGCAGAUGAAGAUGAAGGUCGGCCAGCAAAUGACUGCCUAUUAAUUUAUGAUCACGAAGGAGUCGGUACUCCUGUUGGCUCCGUGGGUUGCUGCAGCUUUAUUGGAGAAGAUACAGACGAAACAUACUUGGAUACAUUAGGACCAAAAUUUAAGACCUUAGCAGAGAUUUGUCUGGGCAAAGAGAUCGAACCUUUCCCUGAUGCUAACCCACCCUGGCCAGGCGUCAACAUUCCCUUCCCCAGUCCUGAAAGUGAUCUAAACCUCCCGCCACCGGGCACCACCAUCAUUGUCAACGGAAAUGCACCUAUGCCUCCCACCGCUGGCACUACAACGGUUGUUACUGAAAACACCUACACAUCUGGGACAACCAUACAGCCGCCGAGGCCCAUGCCAGAUCCCCUGCUCCAUGGCAACAUGAUGGUGACCGAGACGUACACCUCCAGCCAGCCCUCUGUUUGCGUUGACCCUCUGCGUGCAUCCAACGUCGUUGUGACGGAGAGGGUUGUGGGGCCUGCGUCUGCCUCUGAUUUGCGUGGCAUGCUGGAUAUCCCCGAUCUCACUGAGGGCUCCAACGUUAUCGUCACGGAAAGAGUAAUCGCGCCUAACUCCCGGCUCCCGGCAUCUCUGAGCAUUCCUGAUUUGGUAGAUGGGUCAAAUGUGGUAGUGACAGAAAGGGUGUUCAGGCCUGCCUCCGGCAUGCCAGGCAGUCUAAUAAAUAUUCCCUCAGAGUUAUCCAGUGCCCACAACGUGAUGGUCACAGAGAGAGUAGUGUCAGGGGCUGGGAUGAGCAGCCUGGGAGCAACAAGCAUGGGAGGAGCAAAUCUAGGGAGCCUGAGCAGCACAGGUCAGAUGCUCAGUGCCGAAUGUCAUCUUGGUCAGGGAAUGGGCACGGCAUCUCCAGGCACCUCCCGGAGACGAAUGACAAAGUACAGCACCAUGCAGUACUCCAGUCAGUAA